AUGAAUGUUCAAGAUAGAAGGAGGUUACUAGGUCCCGCUGCUGCCAGGCCAAUGGCGUUUAGCAACACUACUACUCCUGUGCUAGAGAAGAAGUCGACAAAUGCACCACCUGAAGACAGCGAAAGUGAACAGGAACUUUCUCUACACACCGGUUUCAUUGAAAACUGUAACGGAUCUGCAUUAGUAGAAGCUAGGAGCUUAAGACAUCAAACAUCGCUGAUUACCGCCGUUUAUGGGCCACGCUCCAUUAGAGGUUCCUUCACAUCUCAAGGUACUAUAUCUAUUCAAUUGAAGAACGGUCUUUUGGAAAAAUAUAACACAAAUGAAUUGAAGGAAGUUGGCAGUUUUUUAAUGGGCAUUUUCAAUUCAGUAAUCAACUUAUCUCGCUAUCCGAAGUCCGGCAUCGAUAUUUUUGUUUAUUUAACUUAUGAUAAGCAUCUUCCAAAUAAUCUCCUGGACGACGAAUCGCAAAGCAAAGAGUUGAUUCCUCAAAUAGCAUCUCUCAUACCUCAUUGCAUCACUAGUAUAACGCUAGCCUUAGCUGAUGCCGGCAUCGAAAUAGUGGACAUGGUAGGUGCCGGAGAGGCCAAUGGCACUGUUGUAUCAUUUAUCAAAAAUGGAGAAGAAAUUGUUGGUUUUUGGAAGGAUGACGGUGACCAUGAGGACCUUCUAGAUUGCCUUGAUCGUUGCAAGGAGCAAUAUAACUGUUAUAGAGAUUUAAUGAUAAGCUGUUUAAUGAAACAGAAAAACUUAGGCACGAGAUCAUCCUAG